CGAGUUCGAAACGGUCUCGUGUAUUCCUUUUCUGUUCGUUUUCAUCAAACGAGGAAACAGAAAAUUACUGUAGUGUUAUUUUAUGCAAAGGUUGAAAACAACAGCUUUUACUUAAAUGGAAUUGUUGACAAGGAUGCUAAUCAUUUUGCUACUCUCUUAUAUAAUAAUAUCACGUAUGAACUGUAUAGAACUAACCCAGUUAAAAUACUAUGAGAUAAUAUCAUUGAAAAUAAAGUUUAAUGAAAACACUAAAGCUAGAUCUAUUCGCGAGAAAAUAGAGAUUACUGUGAAAUUUCAAGCAUUCAGAAAGGAUUUCGAACUGAACCUGCGAGAAGACAAUUCAAUAACAUCACCAAGCAGCAAAGUCUUUAUAAUUGGAAAGGAAAUUAUCAAAUUAUAUCUGAAAAAUGUCGAGGGGUCUUCCAUUUACGAAGGAAAUGUUUCGGGUGCAAAGCAAUCUUCCGUAAACGGAUAUCUGCACGAAAAUGGAUUUGUUGGUAAAAUUCACUUAAAUAACGAAACAUAUUAUACAGAAACUGCCUCUACGUAUUUAAAAAGUGCAAUUUAUAAAAAUAAAUUAAUAAUUUAUAAAGAAGUGGAUAUAUUACCUGUAAGAGGUAGAAGUUUAAAUGGGAAUAGACCUUCUACCAAUAGUCUGUUAGAUGAUUCUGUGUCAAGAAAAUAUUUUAACUACAAUAAAAUCUGGGAGUCAUAUUCUGUACGAAAAUCUACACUUAAUAAUAGGAAACGAUUAACCUGCAAUUUGGAUAUAAUGGCAGAUCAUACUUUCGUAGAUGCAUUUGAUUGCGAUCGAGCGACUAUUAUUGCAGAAAUAUUGUAUCACGUGAAGGUGGCAGACAAAGUUUUUCGACAAUUAAACUUUAACGAAGAUGUAACAAAGGGGAUAAGACUUAAUGUAGAAAAAAUCACAAUCAUUGAAAAUGCAAAUAGCUCUUUUUAUCACUUGAAUUUCAUUGAAACUAACGCUACUGCUUUUACUCUUCGCCUGGCUGAUUUUUCGAGACAAACUUCGUGCCUGUCGGUAACCUUCUGUAACAGAGAAUUUAAUGAAAUAAUUGGACAGGCAAUACUGGGAGGUGUUUGUUUAGGAAGUAAGACAGAUAAAAGUUACAAUAUAGUGUUUGUUACAACUCUUGUACGGAGUAAAAAGGUUUUAAAAGCAUACGUUAGCAAUACUUUGUUUCACGAAAUGGGCCAUUCAUUUGGGAGUGAACACGAUCCACCUAAAGAUAAAAUAUGUUCUCCUGGAGAUAUGAAUGACCCUUUCGGAAAUUAUAUCAUGUAUAGUGCUUUAAUACUCAAUUACACGGAUGGAUCAUUGUACAAUAAUCGGAUUUUCUCACCUUGUAGUAAAAGACAUAUAUACAAACGUUUGUUUGUGGACAAUGCAGCAUUUUGUAUGAAGAAAUCGGAAUCGAUUUGUGGUAAUGGAAUAACAGAAGAAGGAGAAGAAUGCGAUUGCGGAAACGUAACUUAUUGUAGGAAGCUGGAUCGUUGCUGUAAUCCACCAGGAUCCCGUGCACCGUGUACCAUCCUUAAAUAUUCGAAAAAUUUUUGUAGUCCACGUGAAGGAAAGUGUUGCAACGACCAAUGCCGAUUUGUGGCAAAAGAAGUAAAACGCAAAUGUUUUGUUUACAUUCCUUGCAGAGAAAAAAUUCGUUACUGCAAUGGAAUGUCACCAUUUUGCCCUGAGGUUAUUUUACCAGAUGGAACAUCGUGUUUAGACUCGAAAGUCUGUAGAUCUGGUACGUGUACUAUUGAUGUGUGCAAGCGCAGCGGAUUAGAAACUUGUAAAUGUCCACCGAACAAAGAAUGCCAUUUUUGUUGUAAGAAUAAAGAAGGACAUUGCAAAACCGCUACAGAAUUUAACAUUUUUAAAGCAAACAGGGAAAUAUAUGUAAUGUUUCCAGGAACACCUUGUAAUAAUUAUACAGGCGAAUGCUUAAAAAAUGGAAAAUGCUAUGUUCAACAUACAUCUGAUAAAUCCAUCUCGGGAAACUGGAAAGAUACUUUCUGGAGUUUAUUUCUAAUUCCAUCCUUCUUGACUUUGUUUUUUUAAUUGUAUUUUAUCGUUAUUUCAAGAGAAAAUACUAUAAAAAUCAGAUAUAUUCAAAAUAUUUAUUUAUUUAAAAAUUAUAAAGCUGAUUAUGCCAUACACUCUUCUCAAUGCAAACGGUGGUAGAAUGAAUGAUAUCACUAAACAUUGGCAGACAUGUUUACACUCAAUCACUAAACACAAUAUUUUAAUGGAUAAUUUACUGAAACUUUUAACACUUUGAAAAAAAAAAAUAUAAACUUGAAAGUUGUAAAAUUAGUAUAACCGUGUUAUAUUGCAUUUUUCGAGCCCAUUGUGUGGGCUCCCAUGGACAACGCGAUCAACCACACCUGCGCAACCUUAGUCGAAAACAAAGCACCCAACCAUCGAGCCGUAUAGCGUAGGUAGAUGGAUGUGGUAAUGGAUGUGGUAACUUCGUAGGCGAUGGAUGUGGUAACUUCGAUACGAUUAGCUGGUCAACAUAAUUCUUUCGAUGCACUUCCUACAAAUGGAUGAAACUAUGAGUACGAAUGUAAUGUUUUAUGGACCACCGACAUUUUUUGUGUUCCUCAGUUGCUUCUUGCUUCCCUGCUACGCCCGCUCCGCCGCAGGUAUUGGUGCUCUCUUUUCCACGUCUUGCAUGUAAUCGUCGAAAGCGUUAAUUUAUUUUUCCUUUAAUUAAUUGAUGACAAUGGACAUAAUCACCUAACAAGAAAGUUUGUAAUUUUCUUGCCUCGCAGCGCAAUGACGACGAAUAAUUGCAUUGACAUAAUUUAAUUAACUUGGUCUCUUCUGUCGACUUCAAUAGUGCUUCAUUGUGUCAACAUAGGCUUUGAGCAGCCAUUUGUAUCAGAAAAAAAAAAAACGCAAAGCCGGCUACUACAUAUAAUUAUGUGCCGAAAAUUUUCAAUUACUAAUAUUGAGAUAAAUGUUCCAUAUCAUGAAAGCAUUUGUCUUGAAACAUAUGUUUUAUGCAAAAUUAUUAAAUGACCCUUAAAAGUGCAUCUUAUAAACCUCAUAAGCAUUAUCAUUUGUUCUUUUUAAUAAAAUUCUAUCGUUUUCACAACAGUGUCAGUAAUAUCCGACAGUCAACUAGUGGAGGACUCCUCGACAUAGUAGCGAAGGCAGAAUUAUCGAGAUUGUAGUGAACAUUAUUGAAAUAAUUAUAACAAAUUAUAAAAUAAUAAAGAAAAGUUAUUUUAUGUUAAAUUUUUCAACAGUACGAAACAAUGACUCCAUUUUAGAAAAUUUUGAAUUGUUGGA